UCUAACCAAACUCUUUGUUUUGUUUUUGUAAUUUGUAUUUUAAUAUUUUUUUAUAUUUUGACAUUUUAAAGAUGAUUUGCCAUUGCCACACUAUUUUGCAUUGAGAAAGCUUUAAGUAGUAUUCACCUCAUGAAGAAACUGAUGGAUUUUGAUUAAAAAAAUAAUAAUAGACUGGUUUCAUCAGUACAUAUUCAUUAUUUUUUUAUCCCAUAUAAUAUAUGAUGAUGCAAGAUUUCUCUCCCCUUUUGCAAGUGUCUGAUACCCAUACAGUGUCGAAGUUCCUGCAUGAAUCUGUAGAUGAUAUGAUUGGGAAAAGAAAAAUGACCUAUCAGAAUUAUAAUAGUGGGGACAUGGAAUGGACAGAAAAAGAUUAUGAUACAACCAAAAAAUCUAUUCAAAAUCUUUACAGCAAAAGUAUCAUUGAGGAUAAUUUCAUUAUAGAUUCACAUUUACCAGUAGACCUUCAUGAAGCAUUGAAAAAUUGCUUCCAGAUGAGAAAGAAUGAAAUAUUUCAAGCCUUAGCUAAAGAUGCAGUGUUGAAAAAUGGGAAUAAUUUGGUAGAAAAUAUUGACUGGAAAUUGAAGUGGAUAUUAGGUUCCUCAGAUUUAGCAACAUUAAGAGAACCACUGCUGCAAUUAAGUUUGCACUGUAUUAGGAAAAAUAGUGAGAAAAAUGAAAAAAACAUUGUUCCUGUGGAAGUUGACCUGAAUCAAGUAGAUCAGUUGAUAAUGGAGUUAUCAAAAUUAAAGGAACAAUAA